CUCUCCAUUGACAACCUUUCACUUCCAUCAACACUCUCUCUCUCUCUCUUUAUCUCCACUCAUCAAUCUCUCUCUUUCUUGCCCCACUCUCUCUCUAGAAUGGAAAGACCCAUGGUUCCAACAUGGAGACCCGACCCGGUUUACCGACCACCGGAGACGCCUCUGGAGCCGAUGGAGUUCCUCGCUCGCUCUUGGAGCGUCUCAGCUCUCGAGGUCUCGAAGGCUCUGACACCUUCGAACCCUCAGAUUCUCCUCUCCAAAACCGAAGAAGAAACCAUCUCCGGCGACGGCGGCGAUACGGAGGAGAACGGACUUGUCUCUGGAAACACCUUCUCCUUCGCGUGUUCAGAAACUUCUCAAAUGGUGAUGGAUCGUAUCUUGUCUCACUCUCAAGAAGUGUCACCAAGAACAUCCGGUCGGCUUUCACACAGUAGUGGCCCUCUCAACGGUUCUUUAACCGACAGUCCUCCCGUCUCUCCUCCCGAAUCCGAUGACAUUAAGCAGUUUUGUCGGGCGAACAACACAGCACUGAACAACAUUAACUCCCAGUUCCGUUCCACGGCCACUACUCCGGGACCUAUAACCGCCACAGCUACACAGUCCAAGACGGUGGGACGCUGGCUUAAGGACCGGAGGGAGAAGAAGAAGGAGGAGACUCGAGCGCAUAACGCUCAGAUUCACGCGGCUGUCUCCGUCGCUGGCGUUGCUGCAGCUGUUGCCGCCAUCGCAGCAGCCACCGCCGCGUUUUCUAGCUCCGGGAAGGAUGAGCAGAUGGCUAAAACCGACAUGGCGGUUGCUUCUGCCGCGACCCUCGUUGCUGCUCAGUGUGUGGAGGCUGCUGAGUUAAUGGGAGCUGAGAGGGAGCAUUUGGCUUCUGUUGUUAGCUCCGCGGUUAAUGUUCGCUCUGCCGGAGAUAUCAUGACUCUCACCGCCGGUGCUGCCACAGCUCUAAGGGGCGUGGCGACCUUGAAGGCGAGGGCGAUGAAGGAAGUGUGGAACAUUGCAUCAGUGAUACCAAUGGACAAGGGACUCACUUCUACUGGAGGAUGCAGCAAUGUUCACAAUGGUAGCAACGGUAGUUCGAGCAGUAGUCACAGUGGGGAACUUAUGCAACAGGAGAAUUUCUUGGGAACUUGUAGCAGAGAAUGGCUUGCUAGAGGUUGCGAACUUCUCAAACGCACUCGCAAAGGUGAUCUCCACUGGAAAAUAGUUUCUGUUUACAUCAACAAGAUGAAUCAGGUUACACUGAAGAUGAAGAGCAAGCAUGUUGGCAAAACCUUCACCAAGAAGAAAAAGAACAUUGUGCUUGAAGUGAUCAAGAAUGUUCCAGCCUGGCCUGGACGACAUUUGCUUGAGGGAGGAGAUGAUCUGAGAUACUUUGGUUUGAAGACUGUCCUGCGAGGUGAUGUGGAAUUUGAAUGCAAGAGCCAGAGGGAGUAUGAUAUGUGGACGCAAGGUGUUUCGAGGCUUCUUGUGGUCGCUGCUGAAAGGAGAUUUAGGAUGUGAAUAAACCGUUUUAAAAAGUCUGCCUAGUAUGUGAGUGCGUUUUAACUUAUGGGGUCAAAAUUAAAACUUUAGUAAACUUUAGGGGUUCUUUUAAGGUAAUGUUUUGUGGGUGGGUGUAGGAAUGUAAUGGACCUACUUAGUCAAGGUUUCAAAAACGAAGGUGGGGAAGGGUUUGGUUUUUGAUAAACAAAACUUAGUGGGGUGAUCUGUAAUGUUUAAUUUCUUAGGUCUCUUUGUGUUGGUGGUCAUUUUGUAUAAAAAACAAAGUUGAAGUAAGAGAUAAUAUUUUAUAUUAUU